AGCGUCUCGGAUACGACUUUAACCUUCGCAACUAUUUCCUGAACUUCCGACCUCCCUCCAACCUCUUCUACCUUUCCCAUUCUUCAACUUUUCUCGCCACACGAAUACCAUCAUCAACUAGAAACCCAAUUUACAUCGUCGCGACAAAUACACAAUCCGUUUUGCAUUUAUUCCCCGACGCUUCCGAUCACUUUCGCUUCGUCCGCCGAUAAAAUAAAAUAAACAACAAACCCGACCGUCGGUCAUCACUUGCCAAUAUGUCGUCGAACCAGGAAGCUCCCUACGACCCCUAUAUUCCUAGCGGCCAGGCCGCACCUCAACAGGGUGGAAAUGCUCGAACACAGGCUCUGCAAGCUCAAAUCGAUGACACUGUAGGUGUCAUGCGAGAAAACAUCAACAAGGUCUCUCAACGUGGCGAGCGUCUCGAUGCCCUGCAAGAUAAGACCGACAACCUGGCUGUCUCCGCGCAGGGAUUCCGUCGCGGCGCCAACAGAGUUCGCAAGCAGAUGUGGUGGAAGGACAUGAAGAUGAGGGCCUGCCUGAUCGGCGGUAUCAUCGUUCUGAUUCUCGUUAUUGUCGUUCCCUCUGUCCUGGCAAGCCAAGGCAAGGUGUAAAUCAAUCCGACCUGUGACACCACAGGGUGCAUCAAGUACGGAAUGCCAGUAGAUGACUUGAUGGGUAUGACGAGGAGUUGAGAUUUUCUCGCAGGCUACGAGCAAGCAUAUAUGCGAAUUCCCGAAUCCACCACCACAACGACACGCACAACACGACACACACCACAAAACCUUUUGGGGAGAGGGAAAUCGCAAAGAGCACAGAGAGGAGUUUGUCUUUGAUUUGACCGGUCUUUUCUUUUGGCUUGCUAAUGGAGAGAACGACGACAUUGCGCGGGAAAUGCUUGGGAUACCGCCGAUUGUUCCCUCCCCGACCCCAAGCCGCACACGGGCCGGAACGGUGGAGGAAUCCGAACUUGUAUGUAUGAUGGCGAGGCGUUUUUUCCACUAAUUAAAGAGAUAUUUUACGACCCUGAAUACUAAUACCCCCUUGACGUGCCCGCG